AUGACUGAAGAGAAAAUAGGAGUAACACCAUUACUGAAAUCUGAUGUGAAGGCAAGUGGAAAUAAUACUAUGAUGACUUUUCACUGCAUCAUCCACCAAGAAAAUUUGUGCAAGAAGUCCUUCUCAAACUUUGAACAUGUGAUGAAUGUUGUUGUAAAAGUGGAUAAUUUCAUUCGGUCUAAAGGACUUAAUCACAGGCAAUUUCAACAGUUCUUGAGUGAUUUGGAAGCUGAAUAUGGUGGUGUUGUGUAUUAUGCGGAAGUACAUUGGUUGAGUCAAGGAAAGAUGCUUCAGCGCCUGUUGUCUUUGAGGAGUGAAGUUCAACAAUUCAUGGAAUUAAAAGGAAAUCUAUUCACAAGCUCACUGAUGAGAAAUGGUUGA